AAAAAUCUUGGAUCUUUGAUUAAAAUGGAUAUUGGUUGUGCCCUUUGCGUCUUUCUGUUUGCAUGUCCAUAUCAAAAGGGGUAUAGAAUGUGACCGAAAUGACUUGGAUUUUACAGCACUGGAUUCAUAAUUUUUUUCUUUGUUUUUCCCUUCCAUUCAUGCAAUUUUCUUGGUAGUUAUUUAUAUGAGCUGCCUUUUUUGUACCAUUCACAUAUAUUAAAUAUAAACCAGUUCAAUAGGGGGACCAAAAAAAAGGGCAGAAAAACAAAUUGGAGUUUCUCCCUAAUUCAAUUCUCCUCCUCUCCACCACUAAAAAUUCUCAACUUUAUUUUUCCUCAAAUCUUUUGGUUCAUCCCUUUAAACUUUAAAAGGUUGUUUGGUGCUGAAAAUUUCACUUUAUUGUGUAAGCAAAAUAUAUUAUACUUAUAUACACAGGUUUUGGCACUCCUGAAAUUUUACAGGAUCUUUGAUUUUGUACUAAGUGUUUUAUCUGGGCUUUCCGACAAAGUCUUAUUGCAUGCAGCUGGAAGGAGGGAACCUUCCAAAGUUAAUGGUGUUGUUCUUAAAAGUGAGGCUCUCUGGAAGAAUGAAUUUUGUUUUGUCUAGCUCUGUCACCUUCUAUAUCUUGUGAAAGUUUACAACUUUAUAAACAAGGAGUUAAAAAAAAAGAAGCUCUCAGAGAUGAAGUUUAUGAAGCUAGGAUCAAGGCCUGAUACUUUUUACACCACUGAGGCUGUUAGGUCAGUCUCCUCAGAGGUCUCCAGUGACCUCAUAAUUCAGGUCAAAGGAAACAGAUACAUGCUUCAUAAGUUUCCCCUGUUAUCCAAGUGUUUGCGGCUGCAGAAACUAUGUGCUGAAAAUCAAGAAUCUUCAAACCACCAGAUAGUCCAGUUACCUGAUUUUCCAGGAGGUGAUGAAGCAUUUGAGUUAUGUGCAAAGUUCUGUUAUGGAAUCACAAUCACUCUCAGUGCCUACAACAUUGUUUCGGCUCGAUGCGCCGCAGAGUAUCUCCAGAUGACAGAGGAUGUUGAGAAGGGGAAUUUGAUAUACAAACUUGAAGUUUUCUUCAAUUCUUGCAUACUUCAAGGGUGGAAGGACACUGUUGUUACAUUGCAAAGCACAAAGGCUUUUCCUUUAUGGUCUGAGGAACUUGGGAUCACAACCAGAUGUAUUGAGGCCAUUGCUUCAAAAAUCCUUGCCAACCCAUCAAAGGUAUGUCUGUCUCACAGUUACUCAAGAAGAGGAAGAGAUGAUAAUAUAUCUUGCAAUGGGUCAGAAUCUCAGAGGCAUAAUAAACAGCCUAAUUCAAGUAAAGGUUGGUGGGCUGAAGAGUUAGCUGAAUUGGGGAUAGACCUUUAUUGGAGAACAAUAAUUGCCAUAAAAUCUGGUGGGAAGGUGCCAUCAAAUGUUGUAGGUGAUGCAUUGAGGAUUUAUGCAGCAAGGUGGUUGCCAAAUAUAUCAAGAUUCAUUAAUCCUGAGAAAAACCGAGAUGAGUUUACGGAUCCAGUGAAGGAUGCUACUUCAAAACAUAGGGUGCUUUUGGAAUCAAUUGUUAGCCUGUUACCAGCUGAAAAGGGUUCUGUUUCUUGUGGUUUUUUGUCCAAAUUGUUGAAGGCGGCUAACAUACUUAAAGCUUCUUCAGCUACAAAGAAUGAAUUGGCAAGAAGGAUUGGAAUUCAAUUGGAAGAUGCCACAGUUGGUGAUUUGUUGAUACCUUCUUUAUCCUACAAAAGUAACAUGUUAUAUGAUGUGGAUGCAGUGAUGACCAUAUUAGAACACUUCAUGUUACAAGGGCAAAGUCCUCCCACAAGUCCUCCAAGGAUUAAGAAAGGCGAUUUCGAAAGGAGGAGGUCUAGGUCAGCUGAGAACAUUGAUUUUGAGUUUCAAGAGAGCAGAAGAUCAUCCUCUGCAUCACACAGUUCCAAACUCAAAGUUGCAAAGCUUGUGGAUGGUUAUCUCCAGGAAAUCGCCCGCGAUCCACAUUUGCCCCUCUCAAAAUUCACAGCAAUUGCUUCAUCAAUCCCAGAUUUUGCCAGGAUUGAUCAUGAUGAUCUUUACAAGGCUAUUGACAUCUUUCUCAAGGUAGUUAUUUUCAUGACUUUUUCUUUUUUUUUUUGGGCCUUUUUUCUCUUUAUUUUUCUGUUGCAACAGAGGUCAAAUGAAGGAAAUAAUGAAGAGAAAUUAAGUGUGUUAGGCUAAUCAACAGUUGCAAAUUAGGAUGUUUGUCAAUCUCAUUCAGUGGAUUACCAACCCAUCUUGACCUUUGGAUAUAGUGUCCAAGUCUGGUUUGGUUAGUUAUAUUAACUCUGUCGUCGCUACAUUGGUCUAAUUUGUCUGAAUGUCCGAGUAAGUUGGAAAUCACCAAACCAAGAUUGAACUGCCUUAAUUUGACUUGAUUGAGUUUUGAGUGUCUAUGAAAUUUGAGGUUUAUUGGGGGGUGUUUUAAUCUAUUGUUAACUGUUGCAAAAUUCUACUGCCUUCUCUGAACUGCUUGACAUGUCUCUUUCUGAAUACUUAGUGGUGCCUGCCUUCUUUUUCUCUUGUGUUACUAUCUAUACCCACUUUCCCUUGGAUCAAAAUAUCACCUUUUUUCUUUGGAACAUUCAAGUAUUAUUAUUCCAAUUUAGUUGUAUUUGACAAUGUAAUCAUAAUCUUUGCUACAAAUGCAGGGACAUCCAGAACUAAACAAGAGCGAUAGAAAGCGCUUGUGCCGGAUAUUAGACUGCCGAAAACUAUCCAUGGAAGUCUGUAUGCAUGCUGCACAGAAUGAGUUGCUCCCAUUAAGGGUUGUAGUGCAAGUUCUCUUCUUUGAGCAAGCAAGGGCUAAUUUAGCUGGUGGCCAAGUUACAGAACUGCCAAGCAACAUUAAGGCACUAUUAGCUGCACAGGAUGAUCAUUCAUCAAAAGCUAAUGCAUCUUUCAGCAACAACAAUGCUGCAGUGACACCAGCAGAUGAUCAGUGGAGUGUGUCUGGACUUAAAUCACCGAAAUCAAAGCUUUCGACGCUGAAAAUGAAGCUUGCUGAGGAUGAGGAUUUGGAGGAUAAUUACCAAGACGGAUUAGGGAAAUCGUCAUCGAGGGUAAAAGCAUUUUGCAUGAUCCCUAAUCGACCUAAAAGAAUGUUGAGUAAGUUGUGGCCAAGCAAUAAAAGCACAAGUGAUCAGAAGAGCUGAAAGAGAAAGAAUUCUUUUUCCCCUCCAUUUCUAGUGGAACAUGGUUAAAUUAAAGGGUUAACAUAUACUAGCUUUGCCUUAAUUUCUUCAAGUUAAUUAGCUUUUUGUUCUUCCUAGUUCUUGUCUAAAAAACCUUGUAAUAUGCUAGGGAAGAUAAACCAAUGUGCAAUAUAGUUGUACGUACCUUAUGCCUAAUAAAAACUUUUAGAGGUUGAAGGGGCCAAAAAAUAGAUAGUCUCUCACUGACCUCUAGUAGUGCAAAUUGUUGUAGGACCCUUGUAAGUUAGGCACAUUUGGGACCAAGAAUGUGUGCAUAUCAAUGUAUUAUUCAAGAGCAUCUACAUCUUUAUAUCUUAAAAAUGUAGCUCAUUACUACCUCAUUAAGAAUAUAGUGAACCAUUCUUGAAUCUUGAUUGUGAA